AUGGCGUCGGCCGCGCCAAUCGAUCAAUCCGACCAGGAGAAAGGCCCGAGAGUGGCUCUCGCAGAGAAACCCGCCACUAUGCGCCCGGCAUGCUUCAGCUCGACCCUACAAGAAUGCCUGUUCGUUUUAACGGCGACAAUGGCUAUUGGCCAGCAAUCCUUUUUCCAGGGAUGUAUUGUCGGUGUGACAGCAUCAAUCGGCGCAGAUCUGAACAUGAACUCGGCGGAGAUUACUUGGAUCAAUGCCGGUGCAUCUCUCAGCAGCGGGGCCUUCUUACUCACCUUCGGUAAACUAGCCGACAUGUUUGGGCGCAAAUCACUCUUCAUCAUCGGUAUGGCGGGAUUUACCCUCGCCUUACUAGUCGCAGGCUUCGCUACGAACGCAAUCUACAUGGACGUUUUCUCCGGAAUCCUAGGCCUAUUUGCCGCAGCCGUUGUCCCACCCGCCGUCGGGGCUUUAGGCGCAGUCUAUGAAAAACCCUCCAAACGAAAGAAUCGCGCCUUUGCUUGCUUCUCCGCGGGUAACCCGCUCGGUUUUGUUGGCGGCAUGAUUAUCUCUGGCGUCGCGUCGCAUGAGUAUAAUUGGCGUGCGUCGUUUUGGGCUCUAGCCGUCGUUUAUGCUAUCUUUACCGCGUUGACGAUCUGGACUGUGCCGCCGGAUGCCUUUGCUCGAACGCCUCUAACUAUGAAGGAAUUUCGUCGGUUUGAUUUGCUGGGUACGGCGCUUAUUAUCGUUGGAUUUGCUUUCUUUUCCAGCUCGCUUUCAUUGGCCGGUGAUGCUCCCGAUGGCUGGCGAACGGGCUAUGUCCUUGCCCUUUUUAUCGUCGGUAUUGUUCUUCUCGUCGCGUUUAUUUACUGGCAAUCAGUGGCAAAGAACCCAUUGAUGCCGCUAUGGGUGUGGAAAGAUCGCAAUUUCUCAAUUCUUAUGGCAACUUUCUGUCUCGGCUUCAUGGGCUUCGCGGCGGUCACUUUCUUCCUAUCACUCUAUCUGCAAGAAGUCAAACAUCUCACCGCACUCGAUAUUACGGUGCGCCUGCUGCCUAUGGUAGUCAGCGGUGUCCUGGUCAAUGUGGUCUGCGGCUUGAUCCUGCACCGGGUCAGCAAUAAGCUUUUGACAGGCAUCGGCGCACUGGCGUACACGGCUUCCUUCCUGAUUUUGAGCUUCAUGAAGGAAGACGCUAUCUACUGGGCAUAUAUCUUCCCGGCACUGAUACUUGUGGUGGUGGGCGCUGAUAUCCAGUUCAACGUCACUAACAUGUACGUCAUGUCUUCGCUACCACCAUCACAACAAUCCAUUGCCGGCGGUAUCUUCAACACCGUCAGCAAAUUGUGCAAUAACCUAGGCCUUGGCCUAGCGACUUCGGUGAAUAGUGCCGUCGCCCAUCAAAUGACCGCAUCUACCCCGGCUAUUCGCCCCUAUCUAGCGACGUACUGGUUUGCUGCAGCUGGCGCGGGUAUCUCGCUUUUCAUGGUCCCCUUUCUGACUAUCGGUACUCAAGGCGGAGAUAUUCCUGAGGAGCAGGAUCAACAAGGAACAAGAGAUGGGGUGGAUUACAGUGAAAAAAGUACUAGUAUUAAUCCCUCAGUUGUUGAGGAUCCUGUGAUAUCUCCGGAUUCGCCGAGGGAGGUUGGCAAGGAGUGA